AUGGUGCAGAUGAUGGAGUCUCAGUGCGAGUACUUCAUGUAUUUCCCGGCGGUUCCGCUGGCGGACCUGUCGGACCCGGCUCGGUACCGGAGCCUGCCGCGCCGGAGCCACCUGUACCUGGGGGAGACGGUCCGCUUCCUGCUGGUGCUGCGCUGCCGGGACGCGGGGGCCACACCGCCCGAGCCCGGCCCCGGGGGCGGUGAUGGCGCUGCGGCAGGUUUCGGGACGGAGUCGGCCAGCAGCCGAGCGUGGAGGGAGCUCGCCGGCUCUCUGUGCGCUGUGGCCAGCGUGAGUCCAGGUGAGAGCAGCCGUCACCGCGGCAACCACCACCAGCAUCACCAUGACUACCAGAGCAGCGGGGACGAGGCUAAUGAAGAUGGCGAGGAGGACUACAUCGCAGCGGCGGAGGCGGCCAUCGCGGCGCUCGGCAGCCGGGUGGACUCCCGGUGUCGCAGCUUCAGGGACUGCAAACCUCUGCUCAUCCACAACUCGUCAGGGACGGCCCACAGGGAGUUCCACAGGGCGCCUUUUCAGUCUCCGCUGGACGAGCCGGUGGUUCUGACGGAUGAAGUGAUCUUCCCUCUCACCGUCUCUCUGGACAAACUUCCUGUCAGCACGCUGAAGGUCAAGGUGAUGGUCACGGUUUGGAAGAAGGAGGCAGAGAAAGCCGAGGUUCAGGAGCUCGGUUACCUGAGCGUCCUGCAGCAGCGAGAACCGACACAGACCUUCAGACACGACCUGAACACCUUCAAGGCUCAGGUGAGCACCACUCUGACCGUCCUGCCGCCGCCAACCGUCCGCUGUAAACAGAUGACCGUCUCCGGGAGACACCUCGCUGUCCUCAAAGUGUUGAAUGAGUCUUCUCAGGAGGAGGUGAGGAUUCGGGAUGUUCGCAUUUUGCCGAACCUGAACGCCUCGUACCUUCCCAUGAUGCCAGACGGCUCCGUCCUGCUGGUGGACAACGUGUGCCACCAGUCCGGUGAGGUCGGCAUGGCGUCUUUCUGCAGGGUGGACAGCGAGGCCUGCCGCCUUCCCAGCAUGCUCAGCGCUUUAGAGGAGCACGACUUCUUGUUCCAGCUGCACCUCAACGACAUGGGGCAGGACGACUCCAACGAGGGGCUGGAGGUUCCCCUGGUCGCCGUGCUGCAGUGGUCAACUCCCAAGAUGCCUUUCACCAAUUGUAUCUACACCCACUACAGGCUGCCCAGCGUCCGUCUGGACCGACCACGCUUCGUCAUGACGGCGAGUUGUCCCAGCACGGUGCGAGUGAAGGAGAACUUCAAGGUCAAAUACGUUCUGCUCAACAACCUUCAGGACUUCCUGGCUGUUCGCCUGGUCUGGACCCCGGAGGGUCGGGGUCUUGGGGACGAUGCAGCUCUGGCUCCGGUGGUGUGUCACUCUCCUCUCAGUAACCUCGGUCACUGUCGUAAAGGAAGAACUUUGUCGUUCUGUGUUUCGUUCCAGAUCCUCCGACCAGGACUGUACGAGGUACUGAAGCUCCGCCUCUAA